AGGACAUCAAUUGGAUCGCAAAACAAACUCCGACAGUGAGGGCCUUCACAAGAGUUUCUGCUCAGUCUUCAUGGCGCUUGUAUACAUACCUGUAUGACAACAAUAAGAUAUUAUCAUUCAAUUAUCAUAUCACAUAUGACUUGUUGUCGUCGAACACGAAACGAGUGUUUGUGCCAGUGUCAAACGGUUGCAUGUAUCUCUCCGGUCUGUUUGUUUCUGAUCAUGUCAAGUCUUUUGCUGCUUUUCUGCUUCGUGCGCUGCCUGUGCAGGCUUGAACCUGCCCUGAGUGGAGACAAGGCCAUGCAGGGCAUGCCGGGCGUGCAGGAUGUGCAGGGCGUGCAGGGCAUGCCGCGUUGUGGCACUGGCCCCGGCACUGUGAAGACGUGGAAACAACAGACAAUGGACAGUGCCUGCAGGUUGCAUGGAUAGCAAGGAACAAGCGUUCAGGUUCAUGUUUGGUUGAGCCUUCUGCCAGUUUUGUUGCAACCUUUCAAUGGUUACUUUUCCCACGUGGCAGGCCAAAUUAAAUUCGCUGGAAGCCUACGAAGAGUCGAAUCAGAUUGUACGGGAUGUGCUGGUGCUGCUUGAUGCUUGCUCAUACAAGGUCCGAUGAAAAAAAACAGAAGAAGAAAAAGGCGCUUUUAGCUCUUGGGACUCGCUUUUGUGCAUUGCAGUCUCAGAACUUUGAGGUUGGAAAUGUAUGCAUUGCAAGAAAUUAUCAACAUAGCAGCUUUCUUGUCUGAAUGCACCGACCGAAAGCGCCGAAACUUGCUAGUUUUGUUUGCGAGGGAUGUUGUUGCUGAAGCUUACAAGGUAGUGAGAAUGGUGGCAACACCCGAUGUCUCACCAGAGGAUUGUUUUUCGGCGAG